AUGUUUCCUGGAGAUUUUGGAGGUCCUGGAAUGGGUCCAGGAGGUUUCGGCGGACGUAAAGGUUUUAGAGGCCCACCAGGUUUCGAUGAUUACGGAUCUUACGAUAGAAUGCCUGGUGGAAUGCCACCACCAUUUGGAAUACCCAUGCAGCCACCAGGUUUCGAUCCAUUGAGACAACCUGGCAAUCCUGGGCGCGUUGAUAUUGAUUUGAUGGGUCCAACAGCUCCAUAUGAUCCAGAUCAACCAUUUUUCGGAAUGCCUGAUGUUCCAGAGUUUAGACAACGCAACAUUAACGAACCGCCAGCUCGAGAACCCCCUCAGCAAAAUCCAUUAAGAGAUUUUGCUCCUCCUGGAACAAUGCCUGGUAUAGGAAGCCCCAAUGCACCAAAUUUAGGUGUUGAUGGACAGGGAAGCUUAGUUGUUGGCCCACCUAAAAACACCAAACCAAUUGCUCGUGGUGAUUUCGAACAAAUGCAAAAAAUGGGAUUAUUUGAUCCAAAGGAUGAUGAUUUCAAUCCAAAUUUGUACUCUUAA